AUGAAUUCUAGCUAUACACACAAAUACGGGCUGCCGAAAUAUAUAGCUAUAUCCGACUAUCUUUUCCAUCGGCUCAACCAGCUAAAUAUACAUACGAUAUUUGGGCUUUCUGGAGAAUACAGCAUGCCAUUGUUGGACAAACUAUACGAUAUUCCAAACUUACGAUGGGCUGGUAAUUCUAAUGAGCUGAAUGCUGCUUAUGCAGCAGACGGAUACUCACGACUCAAAGGUCUGGGAUGUCUUAUAACGACUUUUGGAGUAGGUGAAUUAUCGGCAAUCAAUGGCGUAGCUGGAUCUUAUGCUGAGCAUGUCGGAAUACUUCAUAUUGUGGGUAUGCCGCCCACAAGUGCACAAACGAAGCAAUUACUUCUGCAUCACACUCUAGGAAAUGGAGAUUUCACCGUUUUCCAUAGAAUAGCCAGUGACGUGGCAUGUUAUACAACUCUGAUUGUUGACUCUGACUUGUGCGCCGACGAAGUCGAUAAAUGUAUAAAAAUGGCUUGGAUUGAACAGAGACCCGUAUACAUGGGUAUGCCUGUUAACCAGGUGAACCUCCCGAUUGAAUCGGACAGACUGAACACUCCGUUGGAUUUACAGUUGCAUAAAAACGAUCCAGAUGUAGAGAAAGAGGUCAUAACUCGAAUAUUGAGUUUUAUAUACAAAAGUAAGAACCCUGCAAUCAUAGUAGACGCAUGUACAAGUAGACAGAAUUUAAUCGAGGAGGCUAAAGAACUUUGCAGUAGACUCAAAUUCCCCAUUUUUGUUACUCCUAUGGGUAAAGGCACUGUAGAUGAAACAGACCCGCAAUUUGGGGGCGUAUUCACAGGAUCCAUAUCUGCUCCGGAAGUGAGGGAAGUAGUUGAUUUUGCUGAUUUCAUUAUCGUGAUAGGUUGUAUGCUUUCCGAAUUCAGCACGUCAACUUUCCAUUUCCAAUACAAAACUAAAAAUUGUGCACUACUAUAUUCGACGUCUGUUAAACUGAAGAAUGCUACAUAUCCCGACCUAAGCGUCAAAAUACUGCUACAAAAACUAUUGGCAACCUUGGACGAGUCCAAACUCUCGUACAGGCCGGAUGAACAACCCAGCAUGAUGGUUCCAAGACCUUAUCCAGCUGGCAAUGUUCUUUUGAGACAGGAAUGGGUUUGGAAUGAAAUAUCCCGUUGGUUUCAACCAGGCGACAUAAUUAUAACAGAAACUGGUGCCUCCGCGUUUGGUGUCAACCAAACCAGGUUUCCAGUAAAUACACUGGGCAUAUCACAGGCACUUUGGGGAUCUGUCGGUUAUACGAUGGGGGCGUGUUUGGGAGCAGAGUUUGCAGUCCAGGAAAUCAAUAGAGAUAAAUUCCCCGCAACCAAACAUAGGGUUGUUCUAUUUAUGGGGGAUGGUGCUUUUCAAUUAACGGUUCAAGAGUUAUCUACAAUUGUUAAAUGGGGACUGACACCUUAUAUUUUUGUGAUGAACAAUCAAGGUUACUCUGUCGAUAGGUUUUUACAUCACAGGUCGGAUGCGAGUUAUUAUGAUAUUCAGCCUUGGAACUACUUAGGAUUACUCCGGGUAUUUGGUUGUACAAAUUACGAAACCAAAAAGAUAAUUACUGUUGGGGAGUUUAGGUCCAUGAUCAAUGACGCUAAUUUUGCUGUUAAUGACAAAAUUCGAAUGAUAGAGAUUAUGCUGCCACCAAGAGAUGUUCCACAAGCUCUGCUUGAUAGAUGGGUAGUAGAGAAGGAGCAAAGCAAACAAAUGCAAGAGGAAAACGAAAACUCCAGUGCAGUGGAUACCCCAACGCCAGAAUUUCAACCACUUCUGAAAAAAAUCAAACUUGAUACAGACAUGAUUUCUCCCAAUUACUAUCAAGGCCCAUAA